AUGGGUAUUACUACCAUCACCGCAACACGAUUCCUGGACGGACAACAGAAGGGAAACACGGGAGAGGAGAAUAUUUUGAGCUGGGAAGUGUUUCCGUGGUCAGCUCUCGCUAAAACGUACACAGUUGAUCAACAGGGAACAGAUUCUGCGAGCUCCGCGACAGCAUUCCUGACCGGAAUAAAAACUGAUAACGGUAAGUCUAACCUUAGCCACCUCCAAAAGAUGACUAAACUUGUAUCGCCGCCAAAAAGAAGGCUCCUAUAAAGGCUCGAUGCGGAACUUCAAUGACAUGGGACAAGCCUAAUGCUAAUGACUAAGAACGAUAGAUUUUGUUUAUUAGUAUUAGGAUCAUCAAAUUUGACAGAAAUUGGAUGUUCGACCUAGGCCUAAGAAACUGCUCGAGGCCUUCUUUUAAAUCGAUGUAAGUAGAAAUAUUUUGGAUUGUGAAAGCAAGCCACAAAAUGAGAAGAAAAGAAAAAAAAUUAGCGAUUAGAAGUAUCACACGUCAAUAAAAGGACAAAAAUACCGUUUUCGGAUCUUUAGGUUUUGCUUACUGGUUUAUGGGACCCAAAAAAAGACGCGCCAAAAUUGUUUUAAAUAAACUGAUCAGUGAAAACGCCGUGAAAUGUUGUUCGCUCCUGAUUAUGGGCCCCUGACAUUUGCCACUAUUGGGAGUGACAGGUUUAUUAUGCUAUAUACCUCUGAAAGUUUUUAAUUACUUGCUCGGCAGCCAACAUUUUUUAGUGGUCGAUGAGGUGUGUUCUUCAUUCUCUGGCUGAUUAAAUUUCAAAUUCUUAAAAGACCUCGUCAAAACUGCCACACAACUUUGGCAUUGUAACAACUGAGCAAAUAAUGUGCGUAAUUUUCGUUUAGCCACGUUGUUGCACCGUAUUAUUUUUGAUGUUGCACUUACAAUUUUCGUGUUAUCCUUGUUCCCUCACUAAAUUUUUGUCAGGUGUUGUCGGUGUGGACUCCGGUAUUACAAGAUUUUACUGCUCUUCAUCAACCGAACAGAGAAAAGCUGUCUCCAUUCUCACGCUUGCUGAGAAGGCUGGAAUGUCAACGGGAAUCGUGACCACCACGCGAGUUACACACGCAACUCCCGCGUGUUCAUAUGCUCACGCAGCAGACCGCAACUGGGAAAGUGACGCUGAUAUAAAGGAAAGAGCAAAGGAUGAUGGGUCCAAGUGCAAGGACAUAGGUAUUGUUUAAUAAUUUCGUUUUCCUUUAUAAAUGGAGGCCUCCUCUUGUAAUUUUCUUUGCUUACCCCGCUAACCGGAAGCGGAGUACUUUUAAAGUUCACGAGAAGGUUCAAAUGAAGGGUUCAUCGGGGAAGUAAAGCAGCAGAAAUUGGUUUAUCAACUUAGUUUUAAGUCAGUGCACUACCGUAAAAACAUUCAACCUUUUCACGGUGAUGAUUGAAAACGCAAUUUUGCGACUGAAUCUUCCUAAGUCAGCCCACAAUAGGCCACAAAUGACCUGCUCAUCACUAGAGGUUUUAGUAGCCCAGUGGUUAGAGCAUCCGACUAGUGUCUGGAAGGUCAUGGGUUCAUUCUUGUUAGUAGACAAUCUAGGAGUUUAAAUGGGUAACUGUAUUCUAGAAAAGUUCUAGUUUCUUGUCUCUGUCCUUAUAAGCGGAGAGACUGUCAGAUUUAUAUUAACUUGAGAUCAAUCGAAGUUUUUCUUUUUCGCUGUCCCUUCCCCUUCCUUCUUCUUCCCUUUUCUCGCACUUGCUCCAACUUUCUUAAAGAACUCGUAAGGCGGGAAAAAAAAACGCUUGCUACGCAGGCUACUGAAUAGUCUCAAAUCCUCAUCAGGAUUUGGCGGUAUUCACGACAGUUCAGUAGAGAACGCGAUCUAUGCGAAUCUCCCAGCCUCAUUCGUGGUGUCGGUAUCUAAGCGCCUCGUUUAUGCAAUCUUUUCAUCUCCUUCUCAGGCUACCUCCUGAUCUUGUCCUUUCAGUACAGCCUUUUCUAAAGUUUUGUGUCUCUUAAAGGUCAAAUGAACCAAAAUUUCGACCUUUUUUAUUUUAGUUCAAUUUUAGUGAAAUGUGUUUAAUAUGAGCCAAAUAAACAUACUAUGAAGUUUCAGCUCAAUUGAAGCAAGUAUCUCCGAGAUAUAUGCAAUUAAAAAUUGCUAUUUUUUGGCCCUUAUCUUCGUAGAGCGGUCGGAAAAAUUGUCGGAAAAAACAGCUUGUGACGUCAAUGUUGGUCAGGUGAAAAAAAGCGGGAAAUUCCAAACAGAAUUUCUCGAGUCGACUUGGCGCAGAAGUGGUUUGUGCGGCCAUAAACCUGGAAAGAUGUAAAACGGACUUUAACGACAUUUACUAAUUUCCUUGAGUUGUACUGGAAAUGUGCGUGCGUAAGUCCGAUUUUUUUCAAGAUGCAUUCACAAAAUGUGUUCAUAUAAGGAAGUUCCUGGAUAUAUAAGGUAAAUACAGACCUGUUUGGAAAUGUUCAAAACGUUUUAUUUCCCCUCACACUGACGGAAUGAUCUGUUUUUACUCUAACAUUGGUUGUUCUAAAUCCAAAGUAACUUUCAAGUGACGAAAAAACAACAACAACAAAAACAAAAAGAAAGCCUUUACCUCGUGUUAAUAUUUCAUUCAGUCUCAGUCAGAACUCUCACAGAACGAGACAAACAAACGCAGGCGAUAAGGGAUGCGCCGAAGCUUGCGCAUAACGUUUUUCCACCCUGAAAGACCAACAUUGACGUCACGUAGUCUCCAGUCUAUCACGCGGCCAUUUCAGAAACGUUUUCGUGAAGUUUUCGGAAAUGCUCGGAUUUUGAUCUUUUAUCUUUCUAUAAAGGCUUCGGAAUAAAAAUCUUUACCCAAAUCUCACUUAGGAUGGUCUUUUUAGUGUUUGGUGAAGGUAAAGCGACAAAAGAAAAUAUGUCAAUUUUUUGGUUCAUUUGACCUUUAAUGUGUCCAAAGAACUUUAGUUUUCGCCCAAUGACGGUGUUCGACAACCAUCCUUCUGGGACUUAAAGCUCAUUUCUAAUGGAAGCAAUUGUCUUUUUCUGAGUUUAGGGCACGCCAAAAUUUUUCUGUAGCAUUUAUACUCGAAGGCUGUAUGUACUUCGCAUCAUACUGUUUGAUUAUCCACGACUCGCAUCCGUACGUGGUUGUUUCAAAUAGUCUUACAACCUAUUUUUAAAACAUGGACGCUUCCUUUCCUAAAACCGAUGGACAACUAGCAUUGGUCCUCACCGUUUUUUCAGCUACAUUUCGAAGCAUGCAAUGCCAGUCCCACUCUGCGGUGUCCAUAGGGAGCUUAAGCAACAACGACGGCGACGGCGACGGCUACGAAAACGUCACUUUAAAAAGUGAAUGGGCGGUGCCUUAAACUUUAUCGCGCUUAUUCCCUCUUGUUUAAUGUUGGCACAUUUCUUUGGAGUUGAAUUCUAAAGGACUUUAUCAAAGUUCAAGAAAAGAAAAAGGAAGUUGUUGUCUUGUGUUUCCGUCCUCGACAAAACGUGAAAUUUGACACUUUCACGUUGUAGUCGUGUGGACCAAGACCAAAUAGAAAGUCUAUUCUUGUAAAUUCGAUUUGGACAACCUAUCUUGUCUGAAAACUGCUCACAAAACUUUACGUAUAAUACAGCCUUACAACUUGUUGAGUAUCCCCAUGGAGAUGGAAUGGAGGUUGUCUUCGCUGGAGGCCGCAGAAAACUUAUGCAUAAGAAUCAGACAGAUCCAGAAUACCCGGAUAAGAAAGGAGAGAGACUGGAUGGCAGAGACCUGAUUCAAGAGUGGGUUGGUAGACACCCUAAUUCAAAGUACGUUUGGAACAAAACCGAGUUUGAUCAAAUUGAUGGGGAGAAAGUCGAUCACGUAAUUGGUACGUAUAAUUAUUCAGUCGGCAAUAUAGUUAUACUGAAAGUUUUAGCUUUUCUUUAAAUCAAAUAAUUGGGUAUAGAAGAAAGUCGCACGAAAUGAUUGUGACCGAUGUUAAGUUUCUGUACACGUCUCUGGGCUGGGGAUUCGCUAGAUCCUAACAGGGCCAGCAAGACAUACUGGUAGCCUCUAGAUAGAACUUUUAUGGCGGAAGAGCCCCUAAGGGGGAUCUAUGGAGUAGAGUGUGUGUGUGUGUGUAUGUAAAUACUUGUAUUCUGGGUAGAAUGUAUUUCGUAGAGCGCUCAAUUCAUUUAAUUGAAGAGCAUUGACUAUUAAAAACUUAUCAGAAGUUCAGGCUUCAGGAGUAAUCAUCGACCUUUUAUUGCGACAGUGCUGUUUCGUAUGGUCCGAAAUUAUAGGACCACACAGACUUCGAUCAUCAGGCAACUUCAACGAUUCCGAUAAUUUCGGGCCAUACGAAACAACACCGUCGCAAUAAACGAUCGAUGUGUGUAUGUAGUGGUUCUCCACCGCUUUUGACGUAGUCGUUUUGCGAGUUUUGCUUUUGAAAAUGGCCCUUAACUUCAAACGAAUUUGUUUUUCUGACUUAUUUAGUUCAGUACACCUCGCAUUAGAAUCUAGACUAGCCAGCGAUCCUUUGAACCCCUUGGCUGGUUUCAAUUCAAUUGUUGAUGAGCACAGCUGUGAUUAAUUAAGGGAAAAUCAACGGAUGACUGGUUUGAAUUAAGUCUUCACCGUGCCUCUAUCAACUUUAAAAGAGAUUUCACAACGGAUUGGGUUAUUUCCCAUCUCACCACCGACUAGAAUCACUCACAUUCAUUCAUUAUACCCUGUAUUGUCUCGCAUUAUAAAUUCAAGGUUUCUAAACUACCUUUAGCUAAAGAAAGAGUUAUUGCCCUUCUCUCCAACUCCUAGGAGGACAAGAGACAUCUUAAAGUGGUGAUAUAAGGAAUAGUUACUAAAAAGGAUUCCUUUCAUGAGUGUAGCCAGCCACCCAUUGUCCUGUUUCGUAUUUUUAAGGACUUUUUGAGUACUCUAACAUGCAAUAUGAAGUGGAGCGAGCUGCUGACAAGGCCGGUGAACCGUCCAUUGAAGAAAUGACCGAGAAAGCCAUUCAAAUACUGCAGAAGAACCCCAAAGGUUUCUUCCUGUUAGUUGACGGUUAGUUAGCAAGUGGGAAAUUCCCUGCGUUAUUUUCGCCCUUGGUCUCAAUGAUCAGAACUUAUCAAACUAAACUUGUCGCUGUUGUUGUUGUGGUUUAAGAAAAGAAUUUCGCGGAAUCCAAGAAAGUCGCUUUUUUCUCAUGACUAUUGAGGAACCACUUCCUGCCUUUUUUUAAGUACAAUGAAACUCCUCCUUAUGAUCACCCCGUUUAUACGAUUACCUCGUUAUUACGACCAAAUUCUUUCGACCCAAGUGUAAAAAUCACUAAUUUUUUUAAUUAUUUUGAAGACCCCGUUAAUGCGAACGCCUCGUUAUUACGACCAGAAUUUAAUGGCCCAAUGGUGGUCUCAUUUCAAAACGAGGUUCGACUGUCGAAGUUGUUACGUAAGUCCUGGGGUGGAAUAGUUCGAGAGCACGGUCUCUACAGAUGUAUGAGUGUGAUCGAGGGGAGAUUUUAAUAGGAAGCUGUUUAUUUUGAACAUGUCUCGUAUUAGCGGAAUUAUUGCAUUUCAAACUAAAAAGUCGAAUCUCGAGGGCGAUUUACGCAAAGAAACUGACAUUAAAUGAGUUACAAAGGGAAAUCGGAAAAUUCCUCACACCCUUUUUUAGGUCUUUUAUCUGUCAACUAGAUGCAAUAAAAAGGAAGUGAAUAUUUAACAACGCGAAAUGACAAAAUGUAAUGACAAAAUUUAUCAUAAAAAACAAAAUAAAUGACAAAAUUGAACUCUUUUUAUGUCAAUUUACCCCUUCAAUGAGAAGACUUUUGGUACAGACGCGCGAGUAAACUGUCCGUCCCGUGUUUCUCAGAUUGAGCAGUCUUAUAUUUUUAUAUUUUCUUGCGCAGACUAGCUCCGUUACUUAUUUAAACGUCUAUUUCCAGUAACAACUUUCUUGGGCAAGGAAUCAAUCUAGAUAUGAAUGCUUCCUGUUUUUUUUGUUCUUGUUUUUUUUUUUGCCAGGGGGUCGUAUUGAUCACGGACAUCACGAUGGCAAGGCUGUAAAAGCUCUCAACGAGGCAGUUGCCAUGAAUAAAGCAGUUACUAAGGCAUUGCAAAUGGUGAACAAAGGUAAAAUCAUCCCUUUAAUUGCCAUUUACCUCUUUUUCAAAGGUAAAAUCCCCCACUAUAUCGCGCUAUUGAUUGAAAGCAUCUGCAUUUUGAUUUUCAACACAAGCGAUGGCUGUGACAAAUCUUCACAUGUUAACCAGUCAUAUAAACAGGUUUCAUGGAAAUUUUCCCGGUUUUCUCUCACUCACCUAGACUCUCAAUAGCGGUCCAUUUACUGUACCAAUCGGUAGCCAACCAGUACUUCCUGGCCUUUAUUUCCAAGUCAAUAUCGGGGCUUCUUGCUGUAGUAACACAAAAACGGGAUUUCUUACAUUAAACUGCUAUAUUAAAGACUUUUAUUAAAAACUGAAUCAUUGGAUAAUGCAAUUCUAGAGCUCUGACUGGCUUAGCCAUCAUGGUAUAUGGGCCAUUAUACCAUGCUCUCCAAAUAUGGUAACAGUACUUGCGUCUGUUCAAAAUUAAAAACAAGCUGAAAAAUCAGUUGUUUUUACAAAUAAAUACUUGACGAAUUCUCGAUAUUUUGUGGGCGUUUUUAGUAAUUAAGACAAUUAUUCCACUCGCGCUUGUUGGAUAUGAGAUUAUUAUAGCGAACUCAUAUCCAACGUGCACUGGUGGAAUAAUUGUUAAAUAAUCUAAUUCAUUAUAAAGCAAGCUAUAUGGUAUAUUGUUUUCCCGUGGGUUGUUCUCUUAUCACGCACGGUUCUAGAAGACUCUGGUUUUAAAUUCAGUCCUUACAACUGUAGUCUAACAUUCUCUCAUGUAUCUGUCCCUUUUGUUUCGCGGAAGUAGGGACUUUUGACUUUUUAAUUAAAUGUUUGAAAUCCGGUACACAUUUUUCAUAGUCUUUUUAAACUAGACUACGAGUAUUUCCCCAUUUUUCCUCAGGGAUAGUAGAGCGAGCGAAACGCAAGCUCGCGUGAAAAUUUCCCCGCCGCGUGUCGCCUUUUCUCGCGUGGGGUGAUUUUCACGCGUGCUUGUGUCUCGCUCGCUCUACUAUCCCUGAGGAAAAAUGGGGGACUACUCGUAGUCUAUUUUACGCAGCACUGUUGAAAGGCAGAGUUGCUAACCAUGUAAACCUUAACUUGAAUUUCAGACGAAACCCUUGUAACCGUAACUGCUGACCACUCUCACGUCUUUACCAUCGGCGGAUACCCAAAACGUGGGAACCGUGUGUUUGGUAUAAUAAAACAAGUAGACGAUAGCUUAGCUUUGGACACAAAGAACAGAACAUACACUACCCUUGGUCAUGCUAACGGGCCAGGUGGGCUGAAAGGAUCCCGUCCAGACCUGCGCAAUGUGGACACUGCUGACAAAGACUUUCUUCAGCAGGCUACAGUUCUUGUCAACUAUGAAAGUCAUGGAUCAGAAGAUGUUGGUAAGAAGUUGGGCUGAGAUUAUGCAGGAGACCAUCACCUUAGAGCUUCCCUUGGCUACCAAUAAGUGUCAUAAUACGUAAUACUUGUUUACUGUUACGCAGAUUAUGUUUAGAUUUGAUUUUCGUAAUUUUUUCCCUCUCCAAUUGGAGUAUCUUCCUUCGCAAAGUUAUGAUGACUCUAAGCUCGGAUAUGAAUGAUGAUAAAUGAAUUGAACAGCGUUCGCUUUUCGUUUUGCAGUAUUUUUUCCUUUUCUUUCCAAAGCAUAUGCAAAAGAAUACUUCCUGCGGCUCAAUCCUCAAUCCUCAAUAUUUUGCAGUGAACUAAGAGGCUUUUUUGUCGUGACAUGUGCUUUCUUCCACCCCUCCGAAAUGACAUUCCGCUGUUUUCCUAUUUGCAGGCGUGUUCGCGGACGGUCCUGGGGCCUACCUAUUCCAUGGUGUAGUGGAACAGCAGUACGUAUUUCACGUGAUGGAUUACGCCUUGUGUCUCAGUGAGAGCAAGCAGAAAUCAUGUGAGAAGCACGUGAAUAGAGAAGGGAAGCCUAAGAGCAAAAGUGGAGCGUUGCCUUUGUCUGUCCCUUCGCUCUAUUCUUUGCUAUUGUUUGCGCUGCUGUUUCUGUAGCUCCGGACUCAAAUAAUCUCGGAAAACAACUUUGAUAAGAUUACAUCUAGUCUGCAGUGAUUCAGAUUAAUAAGAAAACAAAAUUAAUGAUCGAAUCACAUCUAUCUUUAUCACAUCAAUGAAGACGGGUCUAAACGAUAGAAACAUGUAUCUCUUCAGUUUCAGUUUCAGUUUCUAUUUCUUUCUUUUUUUUUCUGUAUUUCCUUUAUUCUUUGUUUGAAGAUUUUGGCUGGUGAUAACAACAUUUUAUUUUUUAACUUGAGCUUGAGGAGAAUAAAAUCUACACUAGCGUCUUUCAUGGCACGGAAUAAGCAAAGAUCACGUUUCUCCUUAAACCUUGUUAUCCUUUCGCUUUCACACGCUACGAUUUAAACCAAGUAAUCCCUUCCAUGUACAAGCGUCAUAAGGAGAAAGACAGAGAAGGAAACGCCCAGUCUAGCCCUUAGGAUAUGUGAAUUUUACCACUGAAAGAUCUUUUAAGACCGUUUGAAUUACUGAAUCAGAAGUUGGCUUCCGGAGGAGUCAGCAAACUUUGAUUCAGCGUUGUCAAGAGAGGAGCAGAAAAAAAGGGAGGGUUGGACCAAAUAACGAUUAAAAUUAUGUUCAGUUAAACCAGUAAUAAUUUGAAAUUAGGCCAGUUACUGUAGUGCAUUCGACAGGGAGGGGUGAUAAGGCAAGGGGGAUCGAGUGAGAGGUGGAGGUACUGAAUGGGGUGCAAGGAGUGGCAAAUAUGAUAUUAUGUUUUCAUCUUCUCUUCAUAUUUUUUGUCCGUUUUUUAUUGACAAACUACAAUCAAAACUCCUUGCAUGCAGAAAAUGAAUGACAUUACUGGUGAAGAUGGUGAUGAAACUUGACGUGUUUGCAAGAUUGAUCAAUUAAAAUAAAAAAACGGAAACGGGACUUUUCGUAAUCGUUCCUCAAGGUGGCUAAACUAUAAAACAUCUGGGGAAAAGAUUUUGCUCAUGAGAUCAAACUUUUGAAAAAAGCUGACGUCACGAUAAUUAUGUAAUUUCAGCGUUUUAUUUUCAAAUUUAUGUAGAUUAGCGAGGACCAUGGGACAAAAUAACACGAAGCUUACAGCAGGAACUUGCUUUAAGUACUAGAAAAAGCUUCCUGUAAGAUCGAAGAGAUCCUAAUUAUAAAAAAAACUUUAAUUAUAAGAAACAACAACGAGACUGAAAACACCGUCCCUCAUAGUAAAAGGAAUUUGUAUUUGAGUCUGCUUUCGCAAAGAGGAUCACGAAGAGAUGGCGAUAGAAAUGGAAACAAGGAAAUGAAUUUUAAUGAAGUUGAAGCCUCUGCCCUGAACAGUUUGUCCAAAACGUUUCACAUUCGGUCUUAUUAUAGAAUUACAAAGUUAUUUUCUCGUAAUAAACCCUUCCUUUCAGCAUCAGUUUAAGCGUACGCGGCUGCGUAAGCCACAAAUAAGGAAAGCUGGAUCAAUCACGACGAAAGCGUCUUUAACAUUUUGAUAUUGCUUGAAAAGGUCAGUUGUUACUGUGGUAACUCGAGUUGAAAAUAAAAAUGUCUCAACGAGAAUAGUAGUACAGUAUGUUAUGUGUCACAAGCUUCAAAAAAUGAUACUUAUAAGCCUCCCUACUUUCGAGUUUACAAAAACUUGACACUGAAUAAGAAAACGAUCGACACAAGCAAAUUCACUUAUGAACUUUUCUAUUGCGUUGCAUGACGCAGCAGUUCGUCACGUUUAUUUGUGCAGUCGCAAAGCAAAUUAACUGAAAUAAUCGUUAAACAUAACUCUUCUCCACUUCGUGCGGCUAUUGGCUUCAUUCGACAAGAAUGAUAAUGAAUAAUUUGGCAAGCAAACACAAUCAGGUCUUGGGUCAGGUCACCAAAUAGGGGCUUUUCUAUAGUAUAUCUGUUCGGAGAAGCAAAAAUUGCUAUAAUUUUCUAUAGCUUGAGGAAGGCUAAACAUUUCAGUUUUUCGCAUUUCAGAAUGCCAUUUUUCGCAGAAAAAGGAAACCUAAAAUUUCGAAUUGUAAAUUCGACAAUACUCAAGUUCCCCUAGGAUGACCGAACAGAUACAAAUUUUAUAGCGCCGCUUAGAAUGCAGAUCUAAAAGUACUCUGGAUAGCCUAAAAAGUGUUUUCAAUGCAUUUAGGACGAAACUGUUGUUGGGUGCCUCUGACUAAGUGAAACAGUCGCCUUUCAUGAACGUAACAAAUCGUUUGACGCUCUUCAUACUACAAAUAAUGUCCUUUUUGCACCCAAUUAGAACAUGUUUUUCUGUCACGUGUCUAACCUUAGAUAAACAUGCUUCAAACAAAAUAUGUAAACUAAUCUAUUUUCAAAAUCUUGCCAUCUCUCUUCCAAGUCAUGCCAUCGGCCGGAGAAGCGAAACCGUGAACUGAAAAAUGGCGGUCGCAGGUCAUCUUCUCUGGAUUUGCUCCAUAUUUACCUUACUUUGUGCGUCAAAAGGUAAGAAAAAUAUGGUUCAAAUAUCUGUGUAGAAGAUUUGGAGUGGAUUUAUUUGUUUCCCUCUCUGAAUAUUAAUGUUUUGUUGUAAGAAUCAAAACAAUUAAAAAUUCUAAUGGGCAGAUGUGACGGCUAUUCGAGUUUUUUUUUACCAUAGACUUUGACGUUAGCGUAGACUGCAAAUGAAUCCACCCCUUGUAUAAUACUAACGUUACUUACUCAGAGUCUAACUAGUAGGUACCUGGACUAUGCUAUUACGUAACUACUGGAGGUAACAGUUCUCUUUUUGUAGCCAUGCAAACUGUUACAUGAUAGUGUAAAUAAAAUAAAUAAAUACAUGAGCGUGCAUUAAAACACGCAGCUUGCAGUACGAGGUUGGAGAAGACGAGACAUUCCUGAGGAAGGGUCAGUAAAUCUCUCGCUACCUCCCGUGGCUCGUUAGAGGAAUUGGGGACUUUUUCAGUCUCCGUAAACCACCAGUCUGAGCCCAUCUUGUAUUUGCUCUUAAUUAUGAAUUGAUUUUCAUCUCUAGCUUGAAAGUUUUUUAUUUUCGAUUGUUCAUGUAGCCGUCCCUCGAAAGAUGAUUACCACUGUCGUGUAAUUUUUACUGUGCGUGCGCACGUAAAUUUUACGCGCGUUAAUGUCGUAAACUAAAAUACAGGCAAUGUAUAGAAGGUCGCGCGUACACGUAAAAAAAUUGAACCUCGCUCUACUGGCCCAGCUACGCGACCGACAGUGAAAAUCUAUCCUAUUUUCUUCCGACGAAAUGCUGCAGCUGAAAGCAGCCCGCGAGUCGCAAUGUUUCUCACUCACUUUAGGGAACAUGUAAAACGGCAAAAGCAUAACAGUUCUUCCUCUAAACUUACGUGAGGAAAUAACAUUUAUCCGCGGCUUGAAUUUCCAUAAAGGUCAAUAUUAGGGCACUUCAGGAAUAAUGAUGAAACACAAUGUAUGCUAUAUUUCAACGUCAUACUCUGAAAACCCUAAUUAAAAUAGAUCUUUUGGGGACAAAACCGUGUUCUACGCCUUUUUCGAUUCCAAACUGCCAACCCUAUCAAAGCGUUGUUAACCACAUAAACAACGCCAAGAAAUGACAGAGCACGUUCAUCCAUCAAAACCCCCCGGGGGGGGGGUCACUUCCUUAUGGGGAUGUGCCGCUGGAAUAGGGUCGCACAUUUUGGGAUUUUUGGGGUAAGAAAGUUCCUCAUAUUUACGGUUGGCAAACAUAUCAGAAUAUUUGUUCUACAGGUGAAAAGUAAAGUGUUCUUCAUUCAAUUUAUUUUAAAAAUGGGAUAAUUCAUUUAGGGAUGACCUAUAAGGUACAUACAUAAAUAGAAAGUGACUAUGUUGGGAUUGCGAAAAUUACAUAUUUGCCCAAAAGUGUCGACUAAAAUGGAGUCUACCAUUGACCACAGAAUAGACUAUAAUGGGGUAGGGGCUAUGAGAGGCCAGCGGCACAUACCCAGCAAAAAUUAACCCAAGCUAAGUAAUCCCUCCGGACCAUAUAACCCAUUUCAGCAUAGAAAGAUUUCUCGUUUGAGAGAAAAAAAAAACUAUGACUCUUGUAACGAAUUUUUAAACCCAAGGCUAUGUAAAUAGAGUUUUAAUCACAAAUAGACUUAUUUAGAGAUCCGCUUGAUUUAAACCCGAUUUUCAGUUACGGAUAUCCAAAAGUUUUAAGUACAGUAUCAUAGUGAAAUGACAUCAUUUAAAUAUCACUUACUUUGUGCUAUUUGUCACCUAUCACGAUGACGCGACGAUAUAAACAUUGGAGAGCCAUCAGUCGACUAACGACAGCCAAUCCGAAGGCAAUGUUUACAUGUGGUUUUAUCAGACUUUAGUAACUGCAAAGUCUUCCCUUCAUUUCAAUGCGGCUUAAGUUGCUCUGGGGGUGGAGGAAGGGGAGGUGUUAAACCGAUAGCAAUCAAAGGCUCCUAGGAGCGAGCUCAUGGAUGAAUUGAAUUAGUGUAGAAAAGACAGUUCAAUAAUCAAAGAAAAACAUAUAAAUCUUUUUGAACGGUUCAUUGUGCAUGUACGGACUUGCCAAAAUACAGCGUGACUCGAAGUAUCCGAUUGCAUGUGCACCUGAAUAUUCUAGAAACUUGUUAUCAGCGCAGCAUUUCUACUUACAAAGCAAAGAUCACCUUUAAAAGCAAUUAUUAACGCUUUUUAGUUGUAAAAUAAUUUGCUUUCGAAAGUGCACUUUCCUGUAAAAUAGCCAAGUUUUACAUAAGCACGAGUUUAAUUUAAACGGUGGUUUUAAACAAUAUUUUAAUGGGGGUGAGGACAAAACAUGGACCAGGGGUCCAUGGACCCCCUCUUUGGACCGGGUCCAUGGACCCCCCCGUCAUGGACCAGGUCCAUGGACAGUUUUUAUAAUUUUAUAAGAAGGUUUUGCACCAGGUCCAUGGACACUCAAAAACAGAAAUAGUGCCAAAAAAGAUUUGACCAGACGCUGUCGACCAAUGCUCACGAUUGAUCACAAAUAUUUAGUUGUGCUUACAUGACAUACACUCUGCUUGCACAUGUGCAGUCGCAAGACUGUUGAAUUAAGCUAAUUCAAAAGUUAUCACCAAGAGAGGAAUUACGCGCUCCAGUACAAAGACUCGCAUCACCCUUAGAAAAACAAGCUGGGCGUUAAGAAUUCAUUGCUUUUAGAGCAAUCAUGACUGAGUCACAUCGCAAUUCUCCAUAGGUUAUGUAGCUUCAGUUUAAGCUACAAUUCAUGCCACUUCUUCUUCUUCGAGAUCUUGAUCUGUAAAUCACUAUCCGUGAGAAUUUAUAAUCGUCCUGCUAAAAGCGCUAAGGAGCUGGGCCCAGCCUGACAAAACAUUGCAGGAAAAGUGACAUUCGUGGACAAAGUGAGAAAGUGGCUUAGAAUUAUUCAGAUCCAGGAUGCACAUUGGAGAAAUUAAACAACCUAAAACCCUUUUAAUCAGCCGCAAUGAGCAGCUUUAAGUUUUAAAAGAGGUAGAAAAUCAAUAUGUGUGUCACGACCUCUCAGUAUGAAAUAAGCGGCAAAAGUCACAUUUGCUCAGUCAAAAGGUUUUCCUCCGAAGCAUAAUCUAUCCAUCAGAGAAAACAAUUCAUUGGAACAAGCAGCAUUUUGGCAUGAGGUACCAAUCCCCCCUUUUUUUUACACUAUGUAAGCACAAUUAAACAUUACUGUUCAAUCGAGCAUUGUUUUUGUUGUUGUUGUUGUUUUUUAACCUUAUUUUUGCACUAUUUCUGUUUUUGUUCAUUUCUCGUUAUUAAAAAAAAAAAACUAUCCAUGGACCCUGUCCAUGACAGGGGGUCCAUGGACCCAGUCCAUGAAAGUGGCCCAUGAACCCGGUCCAAAGUGGGGGUCCAUGGGCCCCUGGUCCAUGUUUUGUCCUCACCCUUUUAAUGGACCUCGAAGGUUUCCUAAAAGUGCGAUGCUUUUAAAUAAAUGUUUCCAUAUGCUGUUCACAAAGAGUACGUAACGGUUAGUAUGUGUAGUGCGAGCUAUAUUAAAUACAGAAUACAGGCGUUUAUGGCUAAAUUGAACUGCUAUAGAAAACGCUUUUGAUAAACACGAGCUAAAAAUUAUUUAAGCUCAAAGCAGUACGUGCUCUGACCUAGCCAAGUAAUUUAAACGCAGUCGAAGUAUCCGAUUGCCUUUCUCCACCUGAAUGUUCUAGACACUUGUUUAUACCAGCGCAGCAUUUUUUGUAGAAAUUACAUUAAUAGCCCUGCUAAAUGGAAUCACCGACAAACAAAAGCUUACUUUAAGGCAAAGAUCACCUAAGAAUUCAAGCAAAAUAGCGUAACGCUUGUUGGUUCUAAAACCUGUGCUUCUAGUUCACACAACAUUAAUUCAUUCCCUGUUUGCAUACGUAGACAAAUGGUCGAACGGAUUCGUCCAAUUAACUGAAUAAACUACAAUAGAUACUCCUCAAUGUCGCUUUAACAAUUCGAGGACCGUUUUUUUGUAGUGAUUAUAAGACUCUUUCGUUUAUUCGCUUUUCGCUGAACGAAAUCCCAUCGUCAGGCUGCAAUAGCUCUUUCACACUCCCGUUGAUCGCAUCUUCUCCAUAUCAAGUAUAAUAUCGGGAACAAAUGUGCACAAUUCGUCCAAAUAUGCAACAAUGAACCACGCUCAAUUAUUUCAACGUCCUUUUAACAAUUCUAAGUCCACUUCUUGCGGAUGAUAUUAUCAGUGUUCUUUAGAAUCUUUCCAUUUAUACAAAACCCAUCUCUAUAAUAGAUGUGUCGGGAAAAAAAUUCGCCUUAGUAGUGCCCUCUAGAAUAUUCCAAACAUAUGCGUAAAAGGCACUUGGAACAAAAGUAAUACUAAGUAAGGGAGGUAAGAGUAAAGUGUCUAAUCUGACUUUAAUGAAUAAAUUAAUUAGAAUCGAGUGAGUGAGUGAGUGAGUUGCAAGCACAAGGAUAGGAGAAGUAAGCAAAAUUCUCCUUUUCUUGCGUUCUCGCUUGUCCUUGCCAAGUGUAAGCGGGACGCAGCAUAAACACAGGGCGAUUCAUUAAGCCUAGCUCCAGCCUAGCCUAGCUCGUGUAAGAGCGCCAAUUCCCCAUCUUGACACAAGACGGAGAAAACAAAAUGAAACUUCGUUAACAUCGUUUUUUCUGUCAAUCAGUGAAUCUAAUAAAUUUACAUAUGUUUUGCUGUUUAUGCGCUGGCCUGGGGAACUGACACUCUAAAAGAUAGCGAGCGUGUCCGGGUGGGAGUGUAACCAUAUCCAUGAACGAAAUCUCUUUCGCAGUACUUUUCAGUUAAUGCGGGGCAGUAUUUUGACAAAUAGAAUUAUUAUUUAUAGCAUGAAAUUUGGAUUUUUUUAUUUGCUUUACAUUUCACUUGGAAGUUAUAAGCUAAAAGAACUCAAGGCAAGUGAUCACAUGACAACUUAUCGGUGUCCGUGACGUUUCAUCUUUCCAGGUGUCAAUGGUGACAUCUUUCGGAAUCAAGACAACAAUGCAUGGUACAAAGCUGGCGUGAAGCUUGUUGAGGACAACCUUAAGUUAAAACCAAACACCAACACCGCUAAGAGUGCUAUUUUGUUUCUCGGUGAUGGAAUGGGUAUCACUACCAUCACCGCGACACGAAUCCUCGACGGACAGCAGAAGGAAAACACGGGAGAGGAGAAUGUUCUGAGCUGGGAAGUGUUUCCGUGGUCAGCCCUCGCUAAAACGUACACAGUUGAUCAACAGGGAACAGAUUCUGCGAGCUCCGCGACAGCAUUUCUGAGCGGAAUAAAAACCAAUAACGGUAAGUUUAAACCUUAUCCGUACUUACCAAACUCAUAUUGGCGCCCAAAUAUUAGCCGGCCCCUUAAUUAAACCCUGGAAAUUGUCGGUUUUGCUGAAACUGUUACUUGUCCCAAGACUGUUGUAAUGCCUUUGCAUUACAUCAUUUGAUAAACGCACGAUGAAGUCAACAUCAAGAAACAACCCAAACUCGUUCGUUCAUAACCCGAGGGAGUAAUUUCCUUGUGUCCAUGCUAGGGCGUUUUCACAGACCAUCUUAUUUUUUUUAUUUUAUUUUAUUUUUUCUGGCUUUAUUAUCAUUAUUAUCGGUUUUGAUACUUGUGAGUGUAAAAAUCCCUUGACUGAAACAGCUGAAAGAGCUAAAGCCUCGAGGGCUUUGGUCAUAAACUGAUUUCGUUAUGAGCUAGCCCUACCACAGGUUCAAUAUGAAUUCGUCCCCCCCCCCCCGGGAGGGGGUACUUCCUUAUAAGAGGCGGCGAUGUGAGGCUGGAUGGGGUCGCAUUUUUACAACUGGAUUGACUAUAAUGGGGUACUAUUUUCAAUAGAGUUACUAGAAUGUGGUCGCACAUUUCAGAUUUGUUGGAGUAAGACAGUUCUUCAUAUUUACGGUUAGCAAACGUACCAGAAUGUUUGUACUGCAGAUGAAAAUCCGCGUUAUAGGGAUCAAAACGUAGGUAGAAUACAGGGUGAGUUUAGUUUUAGACAAACAAUUGACAAACAGAAGUAUUUUAAGACCAAACAGGUAAGGAAGUACAAACUAUCAAAACCUCGGUCUGGCCAGUACCUUGUACAUGCGAACAGCCAUGUCAUCCUAGCAGUGACAGCCAUAAACAGCUGUUUCGUCGUCAUUUUAUUUUGUCAGGCUCCUUUUCAACCGAAGGCCAUGCAAAAGCAAUCCUUUUACGCAUUCUUAAGGUGCGUACUAGCCAUGCGUGUUGACUCAGUAUCGAAAAUUUUGCGCGUAGUGAUGUUGCAAGAGUAAAUAGAGAGAUUUGACGGCAAACGUGAAUUUUUUACCACGUGAUCAAGUCUUUCCUUAAGUUUGUUUUACUGUCAACUACUUCUACCUCAAAAUCAGUGGCUUCACGGUAGUUUUGUCCAUAACAAUUGUUUUGGACUGUUUUUAACUGCUCAAUUUCUAUUUGAAGAAAUUCUCAACUUGAAUCUGGAGUUUGCGGUUUGCCGUAAACGUCACCCUAAAUCUCUCAUUAGUGAGAUGCUUUUGAGCGACACACGUCAACUGGAAGAGGAGCCUUUUCCCUUUUAACAUGCCUUGACACCACUAUUUGUAAUUGCUAAGUAUCUUUAUUCCUAUAGAGACGAUUUGCCCGAAAAUUUGAGCGAGACCGCUUCCCAAGAAUACAAAAGGCUCCAGUUCACUAUUGUGGUACGUAGCCAUAACAAGUGAGACAUGUGACCAAUACUGUGUGCAGUAUUUUGCACCAAACAAUCUAGAUUUUAGUCUCAUAAAUUUCUGUACGUUUUUUGUCAGACUUCUAAAUUGCUCACGACCGCUACGUUCUUAAUUGUUGUCCAUAUAGCUGGUUCUGGAAAUUAUGAAUAUAUGAAAAUCAUGUAUGUGAACUGCGGAGUGAAGAAUUAUUUGAAGGAAGAUCAUCGCAGUUAUCUACGCAAAUAUGCAGUUGCGAAAAGAAAGCCUGAAAAAAGUUGCGUAGAUAACUGCGAUGAUCUUCCUUCAAAUAAUAGCUGGUUCUCUUCCUAUUUUUCAAAAAAUUUCCCUAGGCGUCAUGGGAGUAGAUUCCAGCAUUACGCGAUUUUACUGUUCUUCAUUAACCAAAAAGAGAAAAGCUGUCUCCAUUCUCACGCUUGCUGAGAAGGCUGGAAUGUCAACGGGAAUUGUCACCACCACACGAGUUACACACGCGACUCCCGGAUGUGCGUAUGCUCACACAGCAGAUCGCAACUGGGAGAGUGACGCCGAUAUAAAGAAAAGAGCAAAGGAUGAUGGGUCCAAGUGCAAGGACAUAGGUAUUGUUUAAUUAAGUCGAUUUCUCUAUAAAUGGGGGCGUCCUCUUGUUAUUUAGUUGCCUACCACGUUGAAGUGAAGCAGAGUACUUUUAAACUUCACGGCGAGGGGGUUUAACUCAAUAGAUUUCCAUGCCCCACUCCGUCCCUCCAGAUGAGUGAUCGACUCUUACCCCUCCUCCCCCCAAUGCCAGGUACUUGUAUUAGAGUUGUAAUUAGGUACUUGUAAUGUUGUAUUAGGUACUUGUAUUCGGUUAAUGUUGAUUGGCCUCAAGUCAUUUGGACUAUAGAAGUGUAAUAUGUUAAUUUCAGUUUGGUUUCAAUUUGCGACUUAAGAUUGCCUUUUCAUCUUCAUUUACUUUUUUAAUAACGACUUUAUCCUAUUUUUGUUUCGAAUUUACAGCCUUACAAUUUGUUGAGUAUCCGUAUGGAGAUGGCAUCGAGGUUGUAUUCGCUGGAGGCCGCAGGGAACUCAUGACGCAGAAUCAGACAGAUCCUGAAUACCCGGAUAAAAAAGGAAGGAGACUGGACGGAAGAGAUCUGAUUAAAGAAUGGGUCGAUAAAUACCAGAAUUCGAAAUACGUCUGGAACAAAACUGAGUUUGAGAAGAUUGAUGCGGAGAAAGUUGAUCGUGUGUUGGGUAUGAGACUUGUUAUCAGAUAGACAAAAACGAAGGAAAGAAACAAUGAAGAUGCAUAUAUAAUUUUCUAUAAUUAACUCUAGUAUACAGCUCAAUUAAAAAAGGUUGCUUUGGUAAUUGCUGAUUUGUAAUUGGACAUUGGAAAUUUGGGCAUCUGAAACAAUGCAGUGAUUUACUUGAGUGUAAAAAAAUUGCUUCCCAAUCCCCAAUUCCCAAUUCCCAAUGCCCAUAGGCAACCUUUAUUGAAUCAGCUGUGUAAACAAUGGUUAUUUUAACUAUGAAACAUUACCAACCAGUCGUAUAUAUUUACGAUCCUGAAUUUCCUCUCCAACGCCUCCUAACGAAAGAGUUAUCUUCGCUGUAUCCAUCUCCUACUCUCUAGAGAUAAGGGCGAGUGAUAAUGAGCGAUAAGGAAGACUCUUCCCCAGGGGGCAGUCUGUUUUUUUUUUGUUUGUUUGUUUGUUUUUUUUUUAAGAGAAUGUAACGUUGUUGGGAAAGAAAUAAAUAAAGGAAGAAAAGGUAUAAACAUAAACCAGUUAGUUCGCUAAUGGGCUCAGAGGCCCCUUGUUGUGGUGGUGGACUAUCUGGUCGAUUUGUCUACUAAUCAUUCACUUCAUAUUUUCAAUUUUAACAACCCCCAAAUCCAAUAUUUUCCAAAUUUCCAAUAUUUUUCCAAUAGUCUCCUCCCUCCCUAAUUUUUAUACAUUGAAAUCAUUCAAAAAUCAUCCAAAAAUUGCCCAAAGAUUAUUGAACCAAGGACUGCAAAAUUGCAAGUAUUUUUUCAAUCGAAGGAAAACUGAAAAAGGACGAACAUAUACGAAAAACAAUGCUCUUAAACAGAGUUGCCCCCUUAACUAACUUGUUCAGUGUUUCCAAGGCCUUUUUGAACCAUCCAACAUGAGGUACGAAGUGGAGAGAGCUGAUGAUAAGGCCGGUGAACCAUCCAUUGCAGAAAUGACGGAGAAAGCCAUUGAAAUACUGAAGAAGAACCCUAAAGGCUUCUUCCUAUUAGUUGAAGGUUGGUUAAAAAGUUAAUAUCAGUGUGCAUUAUUUUUGCAUUCAUUUUUUAAAAAUCUUUUGUUUAUAGGUCAGAAACUUUCAUUGUCAUCUAUCAUUGUAGCAGCAGUCAAUGAAACCUUUUACAAGCCUGUAUUGCUAAUAUGAGAACUUUAACAACUCGACCAAUGUAAAUGUAUAUUUCAGAGGGGAUUUCACAUUGCUUGCAGCAUAUUUGAUCUUACUUGUUUGUGAAAUGAUAUUAUUUUGUUUCCCGCAAAUACUCUUUCUUUUAAAAGGAAUGUUUCUUGUGUCCUGUUUUCAGCGGGACGUAUUGAUCACGGACAUCACGAUGGCAAGGCUGUUAAAGCCCUUAAUGACGCGGUUGCUAUGAAUAAAGCGGUUUCUAAGGCCUUGGAAAUGGUGAAGAAAGGUAAAUAAUUGACGUAUCUUAUUAUGUCAAGUGUUCCUCAUCUAAAGCGCCGGUACUUCUGCUAUAUAUUGUAAUCUACAGUCAGUAACAAAAGUAGUUGACGCACUUGUCUAAAACUAGCCUGUGCAAAGAGAGGGGGGACGUCUGUACACAGGCUAGUCUAAAACGCGCGCUUUUAUUAGCAAUUUCAUUCGCUUACCAUUUACUUCUGUUUAAACGCCGUAAAUGCCCCCGCUCCCGAAUUAAUGUUUUUUGUAGUUCAAGAUUGUCUUAAGCCGGAUUAAAAUGCAACAUUGAUUUUGGGGGGCGGAGGGAGGGAUACUCAAGGGAAAGGUAGAAAACUGGUAUCCUGGGCUUUGGAAUCCGGAAAACAGCUGAAGGAAUCCGGAAUCCUACUAAAGAUUGGAAUCCAGAAUCUAAGUUCCACUGACAAAGAAAUCGGAAUCCAGUACCGCCGGUAAUCAGGAUUUCAUUGUUUUAAAUGCGGUCUAUCAACUCUCUUUGGUUUCGAAAGUAGAAAGGUUUUUACAACUCUUUUCGUUGUGUGAUUGAAAUCAAGUACCAUAUUUCUACGAGUUCUCUCAGUUCUAUCAAUAUAUCUAUUUGCUAAUCAUAUCAACCGUUACUUAAAUCUUUAGACGAAACUCUGAUAACAGUUACAGCUGAUCACUCUCACGUCUUUACCAUCGGUGGAUACCCCAAACGUGGGAACCCUGUGUUUGGUAUACUAAAAGAGGUAGACAAUACUUUAACUGUGGACACAGAGAACAGAACAUACACCACCCUUGGGUAUGCAGACGGACCAGGUGGACUGAGCGGACCUCGUCAAGACCUGCGCAAUGUAAACACCGCUGACAAGGACUUUCUUCAGCAGGCUACAGUUCUCCUUGCGGAAAGCGAGAGUCAUGGAUCGGAGGAUGUUGGUGAGAUAUGAACCAAACAUUUGCUCCUAAAAUCUCUCUAGACUUCGUGCAGUGCUUUUUUUUCUACACACANCACUGACAAAGAAAUCGGAAUCCAGUACCGCCGGUAAUCAGGAUUUCAUUGUUUUAAAUGCGGUCUAUCAACUCUCUUUGGUUUCGAAAGUAGAAAGGUUUUUACAACUCUUUUCGUUGUGUGAUUGAAAUCAAGUACCAUAUUUCUACGAGUUCUCUCAGUUCUAUCAAUAUAUCUAUUUGCUAAUCAUAUCAACCGUUACUUAAAUCUUUAGACGAAACUCUGAUAACAGUUACAGCUGAUCACUCUCACGUCUUUACCAUCGGUGGAUACCCCAAACGUGGGAACCCUGUGUUUGGUAUACUAAAAGAGGUAGACAAUACUUUAACUGUGGACACAGAGAACAGAACAUACACCACCCUUGGGUAUGCAGACGGACCAGGUGGACUGAGCGGACCUCGUCAAGACCUGCGCAAUGUAAACACCGCUGACAAGGACUUUCUUCAGCAGGCUACAGUUCUCCUUGCGGAAAGCGAGAGUCAUGGAUCGGAGGAUGUUGGUGAGAUAUGAACCAAACAUUUGCUCCUAAAAUCUCUCUAGACUUCGUGCAGUGCUUUUUUUUCUACACACAUGUGAACCCCUCGUGAUAGUUCAUUCUAGUCUCGCGCAAAAAAAACUGUAAGGAUAUAUUGAUAAUUUUUCUAAGAAGAAUAUCUCGGCCAAAUUUUUACUCUUUUUAAAGGCAACUAAAGAACAGCGCUCGUUUUCUUUUUCUACUUCAGGUCCUUUUCACAGGAUAAGGCUUCCUGGAGGUUUUUUUCUUUCUAUCAGGCGGAUUCAAACAUCAACUCCACCCGCCCGCAAACAACCAGACUGAUCAAUAAACGAUUACCUAUUAAUCUUUAAAUCAACCUAAAAUAUGUUUUCGGCGGUGUCCUGUACUCAUAUCGGACUAUUAUUUUGCAGGCGUGUUCGCGGACGGACCUGGGGCCUACCUAUUUCAUGGUGUAGUGGAACAACAGUACGUAUUUCACGUGAUGGAUUACGCCUUAUGUCUCAGCGAGAGCAAGCAGAAAUCCUGUGAAAAACACGUAACCAGGGGAGGGAAGCCUAAAGCCAAGAGUGGAGCGUUGCCUUUUUCAGUUCCCUCGUUCUUUUCUUUACUACUGAUUGCAAUACUGUUUGUUUAGCUCGUGAAGCAGAAUUUUUUGACCAACAGCCAUUGAUUAACAUUGCGUUAAAAGAAUUGAGGCCAGUAAAAUAACAUAGACGAUAACCGCACAAUUAAUUUCUAGCAAUAUA